GAGUGAACAAGAUUUCUGGCGUGUUUUGACACACAUUGCUGAAAAUAUGAAGACAGAUGAGGAAACUGAAAAACUAGGAUUGGAACUGGGAAUCCCACAAUACGAUAUCGAUGGCUCCAGGGUCGCAAACCGACACGGUAUAGUUUACGAAGGGACCUUUAAUAUGCUCAAAAAAUGGUCGAGGCUACAACAUCAGGAAACGAGCUUAAGGAUCUUAAGACAAGCCUUGGAGAGGGUCGGCAGGAUAGACCUAUGUGAAAGCAUGGACCGUGGUGAGAGUACUUCUUCAAUACCUGACGUUGCUGAAACAGAGUCAAGUGCGCUGAAAAACCACAGAGAGGAGCUGGAUAAACUCAAAGAUUAUCUGCAAAAUUAUAGACAGAUAGAAUGCAUAAACAACGAUAAGGCGAGGCCAGAAGUAGUUCAUAUUGGACUGUAUGGCGAAAAAGGUUCUGGAAAAUCGGCUUUAGCUAAUUCUCUUAAGUUUGCUUUCACUGGUACAUACGAUGAUUGCGCCAACGAGAUGCCAAUGCACCUCGAGGCAACAAGGUAUAAACAGCGCAUCCGCAUUACAGAGCAUAUACACAUCAUUGACAGUAGAGAAAUGAGAGACGUUGACGUGAGGCAAAUAAGUGACGAUAUAAUACCCCAGAUUUGUGGCAAGCGUGGAGUCGAUGAUCACAACAGGGUUACAGGAGGAAUAGUGAUACACUGCCCUGUUUUUGUUUGGAACUUUGCAAAGCCAAGCUUUUGUCCCCAAGAAGCAAUGACGGAGUUUAUUAUAAAUCUUGACAGUGCCGUACUUGAUCACUACGGUCGACAUUUGAUGGUAGCGAUUAUUCAUGAGAAGGAACUGCAACCGCGUGAAGACUUCCCAGCUGUAAGCGCGCUUCUUCCAAAAGACCAUGUAUGGAUGCUUAAAAACUACACUCUGGAUAACCACGAACAUAAUGACGAAAAAAAUAUUGCUAUUCUCAAAUUCCUCAAGAAAUGCGUGAACGUGGGAGAAAGGAAUAUUGACUUUGAAAUGGAGAAACGUAAUGAAAAGGAGUUGAGUUGGUACCACUCAUAAUCAGAUGCAUUUCCAUGAAUAUUUUUUUUUUUUUAAGGAGUGGUGUAGGCAAAUGUCACUUGGAUAAGUGACUGUUUUCAAAGGCAGGAUAUUCUACUGACAUGACUUCAGAUUUACGUAUACUGCCAUCUGCUGUACAUGAUACAUGAGUACAAAGUUUAUAAUACUGAAUAUUAUUGAUUUGAAAUCAUCUAGAUCAACAUAUUUUAUUCUGUUAAAGUGCAACAGCGUGAAUCAUACGUUCAUGCUGCUUUUUACAGGAAAGCCAUCUCAGCUGUACUUCAUGAAUAUUUACAACAUAACCAGCCCAUAUACAUGAGGUUUGACUUGGAGGAUACAUAGUUUUAUUAGGGUGGGAAUGGCACAAUCGUCAGGUCUAGAAUAAACUAGGUUUAAUAUGGAGAAACAUAUACCAAAUUCUUGUCAAACUUGGAAAAGGAAAAUAAAGCCCGUACAACGAGUUACAAAUUAAGCAAAUGUGACGAAAUUCUGACUGACGCUUAAAGGGAUAGUUGAGUUUUGUUGCAGAGGGCGCUACACAAA